AUGGAAACUGAUUCUACGAACGGUUCAAGGGGCCAGGACGGGCCCCGCUCGCGGAAACGAGCAGCAUCCUCUCAGGGCAUGUCAGAGUCAGCGGCCGAGAAAAAGCGUACGCAGAACAGGAUCUCUCAGCAAUGUGCGAGAGAAAAACAGUCUGCGUACAUUCGCCCGAUGGAAACUUUGGUCGCAGCUUUGAAGACUCCAAAUGAAGAUGCUACGGAACAAACGAAGUACGAUGAGCUGGUCAAGGCCCACCUCAAGCUCGCGGAGGAGAAACAGCAAGUGGAAGACGCGUUAUUCCGCCUUCGCCAGAAGCUUUUGAGUGUUGGAAACCUUGCCACGGCAGCCGCUGACAGCAACUAA